AUGUCUACCGUUAGUGAACCAUCUGCAGCCACAUCCGACGCUAAUGUCGAAAACAUCACACAAGAACAUGAAGUUGUACAGGACAACGACGUGAAUAUGGACGCAUCCGACGACAACAAUGAGGACGAAGAAGACGAAGAAGAAGAGCCAGAUAGAGAAAAGGUUAAGAUACUGCCUGAAGGGGCCUCCGAAGACGGGACUUGUGCCUCAUUCCAAAUCGUGGACGAGGAUCACACUUUGGGAAACGCUCUACGUUACAUUAUAAUGAAGAACCCUAACGUUGAAUUCUGCGGUUACUCCAUACCUCAUCCCUCUGAAAACUUCUUGAAUGUUAGAAUUCAAACCUACGGAGACAUUACCGCUGUGGAGGCUUUCCAGAAGGGGUUACAAGAUUUAAUGGAUCUUUGUGACGUCGUCGAGGACAAAUUCACACAAAGCAUUAGAGAUCUAUGA